GGAACCUUUGAGCGACGGCACUCUUCCGGCGGCAUCAGUCUCAUCGUGUCCUGGAGUUCAUGGCAAACGCAGGUGCUUCGUCUUCUUCCCAGCCGGAAGGUCUUCUUGAAGAAGAAUACGACUUAAUAUAUGGCUCUGAAUCGGGUUGGGUCGAAGCUCGAACUUCGUGCGAUCACCUUGGUUCGUUGGGGACCGAUCUUACCCACAUCCCGUCUCCUGAAACUCCCUGCAAUAGUUGCCAACACCCCAGUGAGAACUGGCUGUGUUUGUCCUGUAAGGAUGUGCUUUGUAGCCGUUUUGUGAACAAGCAUAUGCUUCAGCAUUAUCAGCAAACGAGUCACAGUGUGGCGCUCAGCUUCAGUGAUCUGUCAGUCUGGUGCUUCUCCUGUGAUGCUUACUUAGAUGCUCAAGUGAUUCCACAGCUGCGCGCGGUUCAUGAAAUAGCCUAUAUAUUGAAAUUCAAAGAGGCUCCACCUUUGCGCCCAAUUAAUCAUCCUCCCAGUGGAGAUAAUCGAGCCGAAAAUUCAUCAUCUGGUAGUUGAGAUUGACAGGGUAAAAGUAAACCAUAGGAUAUUUGCUUAUCUUAAUUUCUUUGGGGCCAUCUUAUCUUCAGUGUCUUUGAAUAUCAUCUUUGCAGAGGCCUUACAGCUGUUAGGAUUAAUAUCUUAUGAAUGCAAAUAUUGUAAGUUGGACAUGUUGGUAUGCAGGAUCCAGCUAUUACUUGAAUCAGAUAAAUAUAGGUUUAUUGGUGUUUGUUAUCAGAUUGUCUAAUGGUAGCUAGCGCUAACAUGACAGAUGAGAUGCAUAAUUUUACAGCUUAGUACCGCGUGAUUGAGUA